AUGCAGCAUCCACCGGAGCGACUGGACCUCCUGCUCGUACGUCUCGAGGCUCUUGACGUGCUGCUGCGGUUUGCUCAAUCGACCAGCGCCGAUGCGUUUGUCCUUGUGCUAUGUUCGGCAGCUUGCGGUGCACAGUGUCUCAACAAAGAGCAACCAGCAACGAGAGUGAUCCAAGCGAAAUGA